AUGGGCUCGCCUCUUGGACCUCUCCUAGCUGACAUAUUCAUGGGCAAGCUGGAGAAAUUUCCACUAAGUGAUCAGAUCCACAUGCUAAAACACUAUGGUCGCUACGUUGAUGAAAUCUGCGCGAUCGCUGCAACAGAAACCGACGUAGACGCACUCUUAAAUGCGGUCAACCAAGCACAUCCAUCCAUUAAGUUCACGCUGGAGAUGGAAAAGGCAGGUUCCCUUCCGUUCUUGGACGUCCUCCUAAGUCGCAGACCUGACGGCAGCGUCCGAAAGGACGUGUAUCGAAAGAAAACCUGA